GGGCUGGCUGGCUGCGCGGCCAGCGAGGGGCCGGGCUCGGCGCGCCGAGCCGCAGGGCCGGGGACGAGCCGGGCCGGGCCGGGCCAGCUGCCGCGGCGCGGGGCUCGCCUGGAAUGCGGGCGUCCGGCGCGCAUCGCGACUUUUAUGGAAAGUUGCAGCGGCGGAGCGGCGGCCGCAGCCAAGGGGCGCUCGGCAGCGCAGCCCGCCCGCCGCCGGAGCGCCCCGAGCCGCAGCGCGGGCAGCGCACAGAAACUGAAAGCCAUCUUAAACACACCAGGUGCAGAGCACAAUACAGUAACCAUGAAUGACAUUGCACAGAAAACUGAGAUGAAAGAACUGCUUGGAUCUGAUGAAGAGGAUGACACCAAACUGUCUAAAAUAGAAAAGGGUUAUGUUCCAAAGCUCAUAGGAACUGUUAAAGGCAAGUUUGCAGAAAUGGAGAAGCAGAGGCAAGAAGAAGAAAGAAAAAGAACAGAAGAAGAAAGAAAGCGCAGAAUUGAACAAGAUAUGAUUGAGAAAAGAAAAAUACAAAGAGAAUUGGCAAAAAAGGCACAGGAGAUUGAUGACUUUAACAAUACGGGAACUGAAUCAGCAGCUGAGGAAGGGGAUGAUUCACUGCUAGUUACAGUAGUGCCUGUAAAAAGCACCAAGACACCUGGGAAGAUGAAAAUAAUCUCUGAGAACACAGGAAAGGAGGGAUCAGAGGAAAGACAGACACAGGAUGAAGAAAUUAAGUUCCUGCAAUAUGAGGAACAAAACCAAUUCCUUAAGGAACCUAAGUGCCUUUCAUCUGUCAAGGGUGGAAAUGAAAACAGUGAAACUCAAGAGCCUCUGUCUCCUGGUAAGCUGAAAGUCACAUUUGAAGAGCUGGAAAGACAAAGACAGGAGAAUCAGAGGCGGCAAGCAGAGGAGGAAGCAAGGCAGCGUUUGGAGGAGGAGAAGCGCGCCUUUGAGGAGGCCAGGCAGAGAAUGAUAAAUGAAGGUGGCAAUGAAGAAUCUGAAAAUGCUGUUAAAGAAUUCCGCCCUGGUAAACUCAGACUCAGUUUUGAGGAGAUAGAAAGACAGAGGAGAGAAGAGGAAAAGAGGAAAGCAGAAGAGGAUGCACGACGACGCAUAGAAGAGGAGAAAAGAGCAUUUGCUGAAGCAAGGAAGAACAUGCAGGUACUAGAUGAUGAAUCACCAGAAAUGUUUAAAACCUUUUCUCAAGAAUCUCUCAUACCUGGUAAACUGGAAAUUAAUUUUGAGGAGUUGCUGAGACAAAAAAUGGAAGAAGAAAAGAGGCGCACAGAAGAAGAGCGUAGGCAAAAGUUGGAAAUGGAAAGGCAAGAAUUUCAGCAGCUGAGACAAGAAAUGGGACAGCUGGAAGAAGAAGCUGAAACUUUCGAGUUAAGCAAAGAGUAUGAAGAAUUGAUAAAGCUAAAAAGAAGCGGUUCUAUUCAGGCAAAAAACUUAAAAAGCAAGUUUGAAAAAAUAGGACAAUUGUCUCAAGAAGAAAUACAGAAGAAGAUUGAAGAAGAGCGAGCAAAGAGAAGAGCAAUUGAUGAAGAAAUAAGAGAAAGGGAGGCUGAAAAAUUUCAAGAGGAUGAUGACGUAGAUGUGACACCAGCCAAGAAAUCUGAGGCUCCAUUUACUCACAAAGUAAACAUGAAGGCUCGUUUUGAGCAAAUGGCAAGAGCCAGAGAAGAAGAGGAGCAGAGGAGGAUUGAGGAGCAGAAAUUACUACGCAUGCAGUUUGAACAAAAAGAAAUUGAUGCAGCAUUACAGAAGAAAAGGGAAGAGGAAGAUGAAGAGGAGGGAAGCAUUAUUAAUGGUUCUACUUGUGAAGAUGAGGAUCAGGCUCGAUCUGGAGCUCCCUGGUUCAAGAAGUCACUGAAAAACACAUCAGUUGUUGACGGCGAGCCAGUGAGAUUCACAGUUAAAAUUACUGGAGAACCAAAACCUGAAGUUACAUGGUGGUUUGAAGGGGAAAUGUUGCAGGACUCUGAGGACUAUCAAUAUAUCGAAAGAGGAGAAACCUACUGCCUUUACUUGGCAGAAACCUUCCCAGAAGAUGAAGGGGAAUAUAUGUGUAAAGCAGUCAACAACAGAGGCUCAGCUGCUAGCACCUGUAUUCUCACCAUUGAAACUGAUGACUACUAAUGCUCUACUUUAGCUGGAUUCUUUCUUCCCCUCAACUUUCUUACUGCAUCAUCUCUUUUCUCUGAUGGGGCCAACUAAAGAACACAAGGAUGUGCAUUAGUCAUUCCUGCAUCAGAUAAGAACAGACCCUUCAAAUUGUGAGAGUUCCCUACUCAACGCAAAAACUAGUAUCAAAGGCUAAGAAUAAAAAAAUCAAUGUAUGAAAGAUCAACUGAAGGAAAAAGCUGAAUUAUCAUUGUGCUCCAGCAUUUGAAGACCAACUCUUGUGUGACAGAAUAAAGCUGAAUACAUGAUCUGGAAACUUGUGUAGUAGUGUAAAUCUAUUGGUGUAUCUUGCAUGAGCACUAAUAUUUAAGUUGUUCUUUAUCCCAGAGGCACUGAACUGGCAAAAAAAGUACUUAGUGAUGACUUUCAAAAACCCAAGUGUACUAUUUUUAAAGAAUAAAAGAUGACGUAACUGCUCAGCAUUGUUUCAAGGAGCAUAACUUUUGUUUUAAAAUGGGCUUGCCUUGAAAAUGUUCUGCUCUGAUCAAACUAUGCAGCUGAUAACCUCAAAUAAAAACAAUCUCCUUUAGGUUUGUAGCAGUUUUUAAAGUACUGACACUUGCUUGUAAAAACUGUUAUUUUUUUCACUGAUUAAAUGAAACAAGUGGUGACAUCUAUGAUUGGCUCAUAUUUAAGGAUGGCAAAAAACAAGCUUUAAGAAUAAUAUUUUCAUGAAGUGCCUAUUUCCUCAAUCCUAACACAGUAAGUUUAUUGCCACAUCCCUAAACAUUGCUUUCUUAAGGCUACUGUACUAUUUUUCUCUAAGACUUCCUGACAUCAACAUUCAUGUCACUCUUGCUAACACCCAUCUCAACCAUUCAGAUUAAGGUUCUGGAGGAGUAACUUCACAAAAACAAGUCACAUUUUGAAGUACAUGUAUAGGCCUUGACAUAAAGGCAAGGUAAGCUGCAGGAAAUUAAAUUUAUGCUGUCACUUCAAAAAGGGAUUUUCCUGUGGCUGAAUCUGCAUUCUUUGUACAGUUACCUGCUGCAAGUCACUCUUUGGCCUCAUUAAAAAUGGUAAUGAACUGCACGGUGUUUUGAAUUAGUAUUUAUGCUAUUAACCACAUAAACAUUUAACUUUAUUUUCUGUGGUGAUGCUUAUUCACGUAAGUACACGUUGCUAGAGUAUCUUUGCUCUGAAGCUGUUACUUCAAACAAAGGCAGGGAUAGGAGCAUAAAAAAGACAAAAACAUUGCUAGUAUUAUUCAUCAGUUUUACAUUUAUUGAGAAAAACCAUACAAAAACCAUUAUACAGUUAAUGUGUACCCAUAUUACAUACAAUGUCAAUGCAAGCUCAAAACCACAUUUUUGUAAAGCAUUCAAUUUACCUCAAGUCCAAGCUGCAUCUCCCUAAGACACUGUUCCCAUCACAGUUGCCUUUUAAAGCCAAUCUUCUGUAUACACACGGGUAGUUUCUGCAGAGAACACUUUUCUCAGGACGAAAAGGCAUUUCACAUGCACGCAAGAGAAAUAUUUGUGCAUACACAAGAGUUUCAUAAGCUAUUACUAGGGAAGAGGGAAUCCUGUCAAUUGUAUGCUUUCUGCAAAGCCCAGUCCUCCCUUCCUCCCCCCAUUUCCAGAAAAAAAAGCAAAAUGGAAAAGCUUUUGGCAUGCAAUGGAAGAUUUAAGAAUUACUCUGGAAAAGAACAGGGGAGAAACAGUUUCUACCAUUCAAUAAAAUACCACUAGUAAAAAGAUGAAAUACUUCAAGAUAGGCUGUGCAAGUGAAUCGUGAUCCUGUCUGCCUGGACAAGUGAGAGAUGACUUAUUACACUAAAGAGUAUCCACCUGGUAUUCUGUUCCAUGUCCUAAUCAAGUGUAGGCUGCAGAAAGUAGUAUGAAAAUGCUUUUCCUAUUUGGAACAUUAUGCUUCCUUUUAGAACUUUUCUUACUCUUCACAUUCAUUGUGGGACACUAAGCAAUGAGGGUAGGGUAAGCAAGAAACAUUUCAAGACAUCUUUUGGACAAGUUCACUGCAUUUCUAAGCAAGUCCAGUUAUUUUUCUGGCUGCUGGGGUAACUCCAAUCAUCUACUGUUGUCCCAGGAACUCUGAGUUUGGAGACAGAGUUGAAAAAGAAACACUAUGCUCUGCACAAACCCCCAUGCCUGCAAGCCCUGCAGUGAGAAAGCUGGAAGCCAAUACACCUCAAAUGUUACACACAAGAACAUCUCACCUUCCACACACUAGCACCAUCCCAAUACACCGGCUUUUUCUUUUUCUCCUCCCACAGGCUAAAUUAACAACUGAAAGACUGUUCACGAUAUCUUAGGAGUAACAGUUGAAGGAAAAAGUACCAUGUAAAAAGGAAGUGAACAAAUGACUCACCCCCACACUAAAUCCACAGUAUCAAACUCCAAAUGGUACACACCUACCCUCUUCUCACGUCAAAAAUGAAGUUACAUGUUAAGCUACAGAUGAAAUACUAAGUGGCUUGAGAAACUGAAGCACAACUAUUAAUUCAGUUCAAAAAUUAGCUUGACUGUUUAGAAGAAUAUAAAGUAAAAUAGAUGGUUUAUAUUAUUAAAUCACAGUUUAAAACUUAACAGAUCAUGGAACAUUUAUGGUCAAACAAAGAAUACUUUAAAGAAUGAAAAGUGAUCAAAACAAAAAUUAUACCCUAUAUCAUUAUGUAUGGGAUACAUUUCAAAUCUGUUAUGCUUUUGCCAAUUUUACCUUCUACAUGGAGCCCUUCUAUGGUCCAUGCUCAUCGGCUCACCAAUGGCAUACACUCAAAGGAUUCCUCUUUACUGGUAGUAACUAUCUCAGGACCUGAUUCUAUGAGCUAUGAUUUGGUGCUUGCAGCAUCUUCAGCACUGUGUGUGAAAAUGAAGGCAGUAUUUUUGAAUAUUUUUCUUUGAUGUACAGAUAAGCAGGACUUUUGCAAGAGGAGCAGCACAUUUUAGAAACAAAAUAAUGAACAAAAUCCCAAACAGAUGCUGCUUAUGUUAAGCUAAAAAAACCAACAACAAAAGCUCAGAACAAAAACCUGUACCAGACCAUCUGUAAGACAUUUAACAUUUCAUACUACCAAAAUAUUCAGCAAUUCAGUUAAAAGUAUCAGAAACAGGAUACACUGAGUGCUAUAGCGAUAAAAUAUUAUUUGCUGUGCUGUUAAGAUUUAACUGGUGCUCAUGCUUUUUCAGUUACAACAUACUCAUCUCAAACUCCAAAACCUCUUUUCCUACCAUGUCAAGUAUGAAUAAGCAAACUAAUUUAUCUAAAGAUUCCACUAACAUACUGUAACUGUAAGACAAGUUAUCAAGUUCAGUGAUAACAACAAGAAGUAAUUCUUUACAUUUAGGUCUUAUGGAUUAAGUGGGAAUAGUGCCCUAUUAUUAAAAAAAAACAUUUGUGAAGGCUGUUGACAUUUCUAACCAAAGCAAUUCCUGCACAUUUUAAAAGUUUUGGUUCUUUAAUUGCAACAAUUAUCUAUCUGAGGUAAAAUAACAAAAAUUACUUAUUCUGAUCAAGUUCAAUUACUGCAAUCUAAUAACCUUUUCUUAAAAAAAAAAAAAAAAGGAAAAACAAAAA